UGCUCAUCAGUGCCAGUGCCCAUCAGUGCCCAUCUGAGCUGCCUUUUAAAUGUCACCCAUCAGUGCCAGUCAGUGCCACCUAUCAAUGCUGCCAAUCAGUGCCACCCAUCAGUGCACAUCAGUGCCAGUCAGUGCCGCCUAUCAGUGCCACCUAACAGUGCCAGUCAUCAGUGCCGCCUAUCAGUGCCGCCUAUCAGUGUCAUGUAUCAGUGCUGCCUUUCAGUGCCCAUCAGUGAUGCCUGUCAAUGCCCAUCAG